AUGGCAACUAAGAAUAUUCUUGUCAUUGGUGCUGGAGAACUAGGCAACGAAGUGCUACGAUUCUUGACCCAGCAUCCACUUCAGGAUGCAACGGUGGCCGCUCUAUUGCGCCCUAGCAGUAUUAUAUCAAACGACCCCACCAAACGGAAAGAGCUUCAGACAUUGAAAAAUCUUGGAGUAUGUUUAGUACCCGGGGACAUCGUACAAGAUCAAGAACCGGCCUUGACCUCAAUAUUCGCUGGAUUCGACACGAUCAUCGGUUGCACAGGCUUUGUAGCCGGGAAGGGCACUCAGACCAAACUCGCGCGCGCUGUCCUCGCCGCGGGAAUUCCUCGAUACAUCCCUUGGCAAUUUGGUGUUGACUACGACGUUAUCGGGCGCGGAUCAGCUCAAGACCUUUUCGAUGAACAAUUAGAUGUUCGCGAUAUGCUGCGAUCGCAGAGUACCACCCGUUGGGCGAUUAUUUCCACUGGCAUGUUUACCAGUUUUUUGUUCGAGCCGUUCUUUGGGGUUGUCGAUUUCCAAAACGCCACCUUCUGUGCCCUUGGGAGCUGGGACAAUCGUGUCACCAUCACCACACCACGAGAUAUUGGAAGGUUCACAGCUGAUAUCGUACUUGGAAGAGACUCUGAGGAACUCUUUGCCAAUCAACCAAUUUUUGUAGGCGGAGAUACCAUUAGUUAUCGAGAGCUGUGUGAGUUGGUGGAAACGCUCGCGGGGAAGCCGUUCCAAAAGAAAGUCCUUUCGGUAGCCGAAGCCGAAUCAGCACUUGUGCAAGACCCAAACAACGCAUUGUUGAAAUAUCAAGUUGUGUUUGGUCAAGGACGUGGAGUGGCAUGGGAUGUGAAAAAGACGUGGAAUUAUCAACAAGGCAUUGCGGGUAUGACUGCACAAGAAUGGGCUGAGAAUAAUCUGAUAUAG